GCAGGACUGACCACUACAAGGAAACAUGGAAACUUUCAAUACCAACGAUGGAUUACCUUCUGCUUUUUCUGGAGACAACGUUACUCAACAGCCCGGUCGGUGGUGGAGACCGUGGGUUGGAACAAAGGACACAACUGUGGCACACAGGGGUAACUCUAAUGACGGAGACCUUUCUGCUGCACAACACCCCAAAACUCAUCAGGUCAUUCACCCAGUGAAGUUGUUCUGGCCAAAGUCGAGAUGUUUCGAUUAUAUGUACCAGGAUGCAGUAAUGCUCCUGCACAACUAUCCGGUCCAAGCGACCAUCUGCCUCUACGAAGACUCAAGCAGCGAUGAAGACAGCGACGAUGAAGAAGAGGAGAUGGAGAAGGAGUUGAACUAA